CUCCUCUGCUUUUUUAUUCUCUCCUUUUUAAUUAUUAAUCCCGACGCAUUCUCAACGCUAAUUAUUCUCCUUUGCAAGCGAUCGCGCCCUUUGGUCAACCGCUGCUCACAUUUACCGUUCUUUCGCGAGAUACUAUCUUCCAGACGGCGUGACAUUCUACUCUAAAUGUCCAGCGUUCAACGCGUUCCUUCGCGAGUAACCUCGGACAAAGGCAAUACACAAGUUCCAGAAGCGCAGACACAGCCCACCAUGGCCGACCUCGGACGUGGCACUAUCCCUCGGCAGCCGGAGCACAGCCUGUCGGGCAACUUUAGUGGUAGCGACUACGGCAGCGGGUCCGAGGCCGGAUCUGAUACCGACCUGCCGCAGGUGACGGUAGACAUGAUUCCUCUGAGUGUCAUAGUGACCCGCAUGGUAACAUACGCGUACACGGAGCUGGUGACGCUUAUCGAGACACUGCCGAGCCGGACAGAGGAGAACCGACGCGAGGAGAUCCAAAAGUACACCCAGCAUAUACGCGAGCAGCUCACGAAGCUGCUGGUGCUGGUGAAGUGGUCGCGGAACGCCCCGCAGAUUCAAAAGUGCCAGAACGCAAUUGCGUACCUGCAGUCGCAGAACGAGUACUUCACACGGGCCGUUGAUGGACUGUACGCAACGUAUCUGGCAUUGCCGCAGGCGCGAUUGAGGAACUAUGAUGUGCCAACAGCGGUGGAUGUGCUGACAACUGGCACGUAUCAGAAACUGCCUAGCGUGGUGAAGGAAGCAUUUGUGCCGCCGCCCAUGCUGACCCGUGCGCAGGUUGCGCAGACUCUGGAGGCGAUCAAUGGCAUUAUUAGGGCACGCAUUCUGCGCGGCGGGCCGGUGCCUACAGCUAUGCGUCGGUACUCGAUAGACGGCGGCAGGGUGACGUUCACAGUUGCAGGCGAAUUCGAAGCUACAUUGACACUGCUGCAGUAUUCGAAUGUGCCGUGGCACGUCGUGGGAAUCAAGCUGCUGGUGGGCUCGGAUCCGGCGCUGACAGGCGAGAUGGCUAUCCGGCUGGAUAAGCGGCAGACAAACGACAUGGCGCAACAUUGCCAGACGCAGCUUCUGCAGGAGAGCGAGGUGCCACAGCUGGCGCGCCUGUACGACUUUUUGCACAUGCAGAGCCUCAGCAUUCUGCUUGACACUGUAGCCAAGCAGGCGGCCGUACUGCGGCGCGUGCGGUGGGAGAAUUUGCUGCAGAUUGAGAUGGGUGCCGACAAAUCGGUGGUACUGCGGUACUGGACGUCGUCGCGUGCAGCGGCUGGCCACAAUAGCAGCGGCGGCAGCCGUGGCAAUGCGAUUGUGAUCAAGCCCUGUCCUCUGCCAGUGCCGCGGCCAAUCCACGCCUCGGCGAUUGAAGGUCCCGAUGCGCUGGAGGCGUCGCCAGACGAUGCAAGCGAUAAGCACGAGUUCCUGCGGAUUGAGCAGGAUCGGCGCAACCUUAUCCCCAAGCUUGGGCUGAGCAUCACGUGGACAGCGCAUUCGGGGCUUGGUCAGACACACACGUGGUCACGCACGGUGGCGCAGGCGAGCGAGCUGAGCGAGGAUCUGGCAAACGGUGGCGGUGUCGUGCUGGAUAGCGAGGGCAUCAACGCCGAGAGAUUAUUGCGGCAGGUUACGUGGCGGCAUUCGGUCAAGAUCCUCGAGUCGCUGUACAGCUCAGUGGUGGAAUCGGGUCUGUUCGAUGAGGGGGCUGUUGAGCUGCUGUAUGGCAUGGCGUCGGGCGAAGUGAAGCGCAGCGUGAGUGCGUCAGAGAUUACACAGGCGGCGGUUGUGCCGAAGCUGCGGGCGUGGUACCGCCAGGAUGAAGGCGCAGUGGAUAUCACUGUCGAUGCAUUCACAGGCCGGCUGGUGGUUCGGGCUUCAGAGGUUGUGUCGGUUAGUGCGUCGCUGAGCGAGGCCAUGAUUGGGCAACUGGCAGACCAGGCGAACCGCACGCCGUGGAGGCUGGCGGAGCUUCUGGUGGACAUGCGCUCGAGUCUGGCGCUCGCUGAUCUGGACAGCCUUGCGUUCCGGUCGCUGGGCUUGCGGCCUAUGGGUAUGGCUACCUGCGGGCUGCUGCCUGGAUUUGUGUUGACCGGCGUCAGGCGCCGCGUCGAGGCCAGCGUGACGCCUGCGGUGGCAUCGGCACAGUCGUAUCUGAUGGGAUCACCGGCCGUUGGGUCUAAUGGACCGGUGCCAGCGGCGGCGAAUUUCCCGUUGCGGAUCUCGCAGCAGGAGGCUGAUGCGCUGAUGCGUGGAAUUGGCACUGAGCAGCCGCUGAAUCGUGUGCGGUUCUACAAGAUCGAGGGAUGCGAUGGCGAGUGGUACUUGAUGGGGGCAAUGACAGACCGGCUGCAUUUCCGGCUGGUGCUGCUGAAUCCGCACCCCAAGGACCAGCUUAUGUACGAGGUAGGCCAGGUCAUUGCCCUACAGGUCGAUCGACUGUUCUCGUCGGUGGCGCGGCGGCUGCUGGCUGAAAAGAAGCUUGACCCGAGCAUGGUGCGUGCCAACAGCGGCAGCGGUGGCCAGAGCAAGCGGCUGCGCGAAGACGGGGCCGAAUGGGAUGUAACAGAGCGUGUGGAUGCGAUGCUGUCGGGCCGCACUAGCAUCACAUUGGACUACCUUAACGCCCUAGCAUCGAUGUGCCGCGCACGGCUUGCGCUGCGGCUUCUGCAGACACAGCUCACGGAGUGGAAGAUUCCGUAUAGCUUCCGCAUCCCGUCGUUCUCGACGUCACCACAUGGGCAUCGUGCUGCUGUGUCGAAGGAGCUGUCAGUUGUCGGGCUCGACAAGCAGGGGCUGUACGAGCUCGACGAGCAGGUGCCGAUCCUGUAUCUGCCGAUAGCAGCGCUGAUGCGUGCAUCGCCUAUAAACUGGCAUGUGGCUAGCAGCGGUGUGCUUGCUGACGAGGCGAGAAGGAUGGUGUCGGUGCGGAUAGCCUCGGAUGAGUUGGACCCGGCAAUGCGUAGUGAUAGCGCACGGCUGGUGGAGUACCGCACGUCUGACGGCAAGGCGUCGUCGGCGGCACAGACGCUGGUCGGCAGACACGUAAUUCCCUGCCAGGUCAUCGCCUCAGUGCCUGUGGCGCUGGACGGGCUUCCGGCGGCGGUUUCGGCAGCCCAUGCCGAUGCAGUGUACUUUGGAGCCCACGCAGGCCCUGACGGCGGAUACCACGGGCGCGGUUCGGGCAACACCAAGGGCGGGUACAGCAAGAUGAUGCUGGUGUACAAGAACGUCGGUCGGGCUCUGCAGAGCCUGAUCCGUGACUGGUCCGAGCACCACCUGAUGACGCAUGUUGCGCGCCAGCUGUGCGUGUGGGAGCAGCGGUCUCUGCGGCGUAUGCUGGCGGCCACCACCGCGUUCUAUCCGUUCUGUGCUGGGCCGUAUACAGGCGCGCUGACUAAGAUGCUUGGUGCCAACGAGCAUGCUGCAACCGAGCUCGUUCUGCAGUGCUUGGACUCGCGGCUGCUGUCAAUCUCGUGCCGUGUGCCAGAACCGUUCACGGGCGACCAACAGGGCGAGCUGUCGUACCAUCUUACUAUGGCGGAGGUGGAGCCCGAGUCGAAUCGCAUUCUGCGGAUCGGGUCGACCUGGCCGUGGGCGCACGGUGCAGGGUCGAGCCGUCGCAGGAUGGGCUUUGAGGUGUCGGCGGAUCUGUCGCGCUGGCUGCGCACAUUGCAGGCGCGUAUGAAUCUGACGGGAAACCCCCUGUCGAUACUAUCGCUGGUUAUCCAGAUGACACCGCUCAGCGACAUACUGUCUACUACAGGGCCCAUGGUCAACAUCCGGUCGUUGUCCCCUUCGCUGGCGCUUGACUCGAUGAUUCCUGUCGGGUUUGUGCGGAUGCUGGGCGAGACUGAGCCUGAGGACAAGUCAAAGCUGGUGGUGGACCGGCUGAUGACGAUGAAGGAGCAUUUGAGGUCGUCGUUGGCCGAGAUCAGCGACCUGAAUGUAAUGCCAAUGUAUACAGCGGCCGACAACAUCCGGCUGGUGUUCAAUACGCGGUUUGUGGUAGAUGUACGGCUGGUGGCAUACGACACGUUCCACAUCUCUGAUGUGGUCGCAUCGGCGCGUGUGUUUGCCGGCUCGCUGGUGGCUGCUGGCAGCAGUGCGUCGGCGCCCGCGCCUCUGGUGACGGCAGCGAUGGAGCCGAUCCCGCGGUUUGCGCAGUGGCUCGAGGCCCUGUCGACCAAGAUGACACUCGACUGGGCUCGUCUGGAGGAGGCAGUGACGGUUUUGUUCAAGGAGGUGGCCUCGGAUGAUGUGAUGGGCGAUCGGGCGGCAGACAAGGCGCAGCGCAUCCGCAACUUGCAGCGCAACUUGCACCGGCUGCGGCCCGGGGCGACAAAGGUGGAGGCGUUCAUGUACAAGUUCCGCGAGCUGCACAUGCGCCAGAACUCGGCACGGGCGCCGCCGUUUGUGCCGCUGCCCCCGACAGCACUGCUGUGCACAAACGCCCAGCUGCUGGUGACGCUGCGGUCUUUGAUGAUGUGGAUGAAGAUGUCGGUCAACGUCGUCGACAGCAUCGAGGCGGUGGUGUCCAAGUAUGUGGGCACCGGACAUUUGAGUGUCGACGAGGUGCUGGUGGAUCGCCAGGAGGUGCUGGUUGCUUAUACAGGGUGCCGCGGGACCGUGCGCUGCGAGUACAAGCUCAGCCUGGACGCUGUGCCAGCAGACGACGAGCAAUCGGAGCCGCAGGUACCGGCAGAAGCCGCAGACAGCGCAGCAGCGGAGGAACCGGCUCAGAAGCUGGCGAAGCUGGUGGGCCUGUUUAGCGUGCCGAAGAACCUUUUGCGCGCGGCGUGGGAUGUGCGGAUUCUGCCUAUAGUGCGUCCGCCAAAGGGCGUGUCGGAACGCGUGGCCGCGUAUCUUUCGGGGAUCGUCGACCGUCUGGGCGCCGAGAAGACGGCAAGCACGCUAGUGAAGCUGCUGGCGAUGCCGGCGCACCUGCUGGAGGACACUGUGCAUAUCGCCAUGGAGAUGACAGGCAAGGUCAGCGUGGCGUCGCUGGAGACAACCCACAACUUUUCGAUCGUCCUCGACACCGACGCGUCCAGCGUCUGCUUUGCGCUGACCUUUGCGCUGCCGGACCGCAACCUCACCGUCGUACUGUCGUAUAUGCUGCUGACGGGCACUGCCGAGGUUGUGCAUGUGAUCGUUGACAAAACGGCCCCGAAUGUGGUUAACCAGGCGCUGGAGGAGCGGUGGCGCGCGUAUGUGAAGAAGGUGAUCAAAAAGCUCGACGACCUGACGGCCUUCACCCUGGACAUGGGCAAGGACGGAAAGUCGCGCUGGCUGGAUAUCGUCAAGGAGCUGCACGCCGAGGCGUAUGCCGACCACCAGUCUUCAGCUUAAGUCGCGUUUUGCAAUAAAACUACAUUCGUAUCGUA